AUGAGGUGGGUCAUCAAGAGUGACCCUAGCCAGUUCUUAACCCCACUGCAGACGCAGACGACCCAACUUACCCGUCAAACUAGUUCUAGCUCGGUCUACACACUCGGCAGCACGACAUCCACAGUCAACGAGAGGCUCAUGUUCCCCAUAACUUUCAAUGCAGUCGGCGAUAUCGCGACUUUUGCUAGCCUGAUGUUCGACAUUGCUCGAGCGUUGAGUGAAACGCGCGGCUCCCCUUCCGAGUAUCGAGCGUUCACCGCAGAGCUGAGCUCGCUCCACGUUGUACUCACCUCCGUCACGCGUAUCGCAGAAUCCACCACCGAUAGUGCUCUACGAGCGGAGAUCGUGCGCGAGGUGAACCUCUGCAGCAACGACGUGCAACGGGCACUGAAGCGCAUAGUCAAGUUUUCUGCGCUCGGCCAGGAGAGCGGCACGGACCACCCGCUGUGCGUGAAGCUCAAAAGGCAGUGGUUCAAGCUAGAGUGGCGCUUUGGACAACGUCACAACGUGCGGGAGGUUCGCGCGGAGCUUUCACUGACGACGCAACGCCUUACGGCGUACCUGGUCAUAGUGAAUUCCGACGGCAUACAGAACCUCAAUGCCUCGCUCACCGACCACUUCGAUAUCAUGACUGCACGCAUCUGCACAUCACUGAUGCACCGAUUCGCCAUCACCGCCGCUCCGCGCACUUCUGAGCCAUGCAGCAUCCGACAUAGCGAUGCUGCUGUCCUCGUCGGCGAUCUACAGCGCACCUCCCAGAGAGUAUACCCUGACUCUCGUGGUGGAAGACACACCCUAGAUACCAGCAAAGCGGUGGCCGUGGGUCUAUUGUGUGUUGCGAUUUGCACUAUGUGCGAUACGUCACACAGCAUUCACACAGCAUUGCUCUUUGCUGCAGUCGGGAUCUUGUUGCGCGGCAUCAUGCGGGACAACCGUAUCAUUGCGCCCGUGGUAGGGUAUACCCACUCUAACUCGAUGACCUUGCACGAUGCCCUUGGUCAACGGCUCGUACUACCUCUUGAACUAUGCGCAACGCACGACGCAUUCCAUGCGACGCUCGUCAACAUGUUCAAGGAUAUGGACGGCCAUUGGUUCAUCGACGCGCAAAGGUAUACGAUCACCCGCGUAGACAACACUUGUCCGAUCCGAGCGUGUGAUUGGGCGCUAUCCGUCAAAUCUGGGGCAGAGGUUGAGAUGAGCGUCUUUGUGCAAUGGGGUGGGUUUCCGUGCAGCAUUCUCUGUCCUGCAUGCCUAGUUGUGAUCGAGAGAGAGGUCUGCGUCAACGAAGCCGAAUGUGGCGAAUGUGGGAGAACACUGACAAGAGCCACAAGCGCGUCCGCAGGGCGGAGUAUCCUCGGGAGCACCUCACAAGUAUCUCAGCCGUCUGUGAACGAAGACGGUCGGGGUCGAUCCUCGCAAACGAGGCAAGAAGAGGCGACAGGUGAAGAGCAAGACAAGGAGGCGAACCGUAAGCGCCGCCUCCACGAGGGCAAUCAAUCGACGCUGGGCUUGAGUUGGAGAUCGCAGAUACGGCAAUUCAGGCGCAUCCAGAUCCAGGAAACCGAGGGGCUUGAACUUGCAAGCCUCGACGAUCCCGUUGUGCCUUCGACAGACCGCCGCGAGUUCCUCACUGCAGCUGAAAACGGCCACUAUCCCCUGGUCAGCGCUCUUAUUCAGAGAGGAAUGGACGUCAACGUACAAGGGCGGACUGGGUAUACCGCGCUUCAUCUUGCGUCCUACAACGGGCAUACCGAUGUCGUGGAGCUUUUGCUUGAUCAAGGUGCUUCCGUCGACGCGGCCACGAAGGACGACAUAACACCAUUCGCAUGCACAGUCGCGCGAGGCCAUCUGGAGGUCUCUACGUUACUUCUCGCGAGAGGCGCGAUCGUCAAUGCACCGCAGCCAAUGCAGGUCGUCGCGUUAUACGCGGCCGCGGGGGCCAACAACAUCGACGUUGCUCGGAUGUUGCUUCGCCUCGGUGUUGACGCCAAUGCGUGCAUUGGCAAACACAUGGGCAGGACGGCUCUGCAUGCCGCGGUGUGGGCGAAGAGUAGUAGGAUGGUCGAAGUACUCUUGCAGCACGGUGCUGAUGUGAAUGCUUGCUCGUCCGAUGGACAUACGCCACUCUCGAUCGCAAGGCGCGACCCGGGGGACGCGCUGAUUGAGUCGCUUCUUUCGUUAUGA